AUGAGCCAAGAUGCUGUCAAAGCGACGAAACCAAGUGUCGGAGGUCAGGUCUCGGUGGGUGUUGGAAUUCGAACAGAGUCGUCAACGACGGGUAUGUCUUCCAGCAAGCUACAAUGCUUUAACAAGAGGCGUCGAAAGCCCGUAAGAAGUCACCGUCAAGAUGUCCAAUCAAGGCGAAUUUGUAAUGAAGAUUCAGUUCGUCCCGAUUUCGAAGUGUAA